CAUCCCCUUCUUUUUUUUUUUUUUGUGUAUAAAAGUGACAAGAAAGGAGAUUCUAUAAUUCUUCUAUUCUUUCAUACUGAGUAAUCUUUGAUUAUUUCUUUUUAAGAUUCUUUGUUUUCUCUUUAUUUAAGGACAAACGUAGUUGCUGCCUUCUACCCACCAAAGGAUUGUAAAAAUCACUUGUCAGUCUCUUGUAAUUCGAUCCGUCCACUAAAUCUAAUAGCGAUUAACAAGUCUUUUCUUUAAUUCAUAUAAUUGAGGCUCAAACGGAUUGAUUUUUUCAUCCUUCACUUUGGAUUCGUAUUUUUUACAACAAACGGUCUUUGAGUUCAAAACACAUGUGUUUAUUGCUGGCAAUUGGCUCAUAACGUUCAAUUGCUCAUAUAGUCCGUGAUUUUCGAGUGUUGUUUCUUUGUGAAAGACGUUCAAGUCAUUCCUUUUUCAAAACUUAUCGUACACCCUCGGCAUCCCUUCCUCCCCUUCUAAAGCUCAGUGUAUUUUGUUUAUUUUUCCUUUUUUUAACAUUUUAUCUUUCCUAUUUUGUUGUUUACGACUUUCUUGUCUAAAAUUAACGUCAUUCUCUCAAACGUGAAGCUUUUUGACUCUUUGUAAGUAUCUAUUUUUAUUUCUCUUUGGAAAAAAGAGAAUUUAUUUAUAUUUUCUUUGGGUUCGGCGUUUUUUCCUCUUCAGGUUUGUUUACAUUUACGAUUUGUUUAUUUGCGACAUCCUUCUCUGUUUUCUCAUCCUCCAACCACCUUUGACUUUUCUUCCCUCUCCCAAUACUCACUUUCAAAACAAUUGCUUUUAUUUCGUUUUCUUUUGUUGACGUUUCUUUCUUACGCUACGUCCUCCUUUUCUUCUGUUUCCUGCUUCUUCUCAUCUAGCACUCAACCUUAAUCUCAAACUUCUUCCGUUUUUAGAAUCAUUUUCACUAUAUCUACAAUGUCUUUUGCCGGUUCUAAUAACCUUUCAACAAAGGCUGUUCCUCAAUACCACGACGAGAAUGCUCCCGCUUGGGACCAAGACAAAACAAAAUUAAACACAAAAAAUGCCCUUGGUGCUAAACCUCAAUCAAAAUUUGAGAUCCGACUUCCUCGUCGUAACGCUCUUGCUGAUGUAUCUAAUUUAAGAAAUCCUACUGAAUCAGAGCCCUCUUCCAAGAAGCGUUCCCUUCAGGAAUCUCAAAAACAGUAUUUGGAAGGCAUUCCCUCAACCGAGGAGGAACUUGAACAUCUCCAAACCAAGAAGCGCAGCAAGUCUUCUGAUAAUGCCGUUUCAAACUUGGACAAGGGAUCUCAAAAGGUUGCUUCCACUGAUACGGAGUUUAGACCUUCUAAUCCUUUGAUGGUUGAAGAAUAUGAGCCAGAAAUCUUUUCUUACAUGGAAAGUUUGGAAAGCAAAUGUCUUCCUAGUGCGACAUACAUGGACAAGCAACAGGAGCUAACCUGGAAGAUGAGGGAAAUCUUAAACGAAUGGCUUGUGGAAAUCCACACAAACUUUUGUUUAAUGCCUGAAACCCUCUUCUUAGCUGUCAAUAUUGUUGACCGAUUCCUCUCUUUACGUGCUUGCUCUCUAACUAAAUUCCAAUUAAUUGGUAUCAGUGCUCUUUUAAUCGCUAGCAAGUAUGAGGAAGUUAUGUGUCCUUCUAUUCAAAACUUUGUUUACAUGACUGAUGGUGCUUUCACUGCCGAAGACGUCUGCACUGCUGAAAGAUAUAUCCUUCGUGUGCUUGAUUAUGACCUUGGGUUUCCUAGUCCUUUGAACCUGAUCCGUCGAAUCUCAAAAUGUGAGAAUUACGAUGUUCAAACACGCACGCUUGGCAAAUACUUGACUGAGAUUUAUCUUUUUGAACAUCGCCUACUUCAAUACCGUCCCUCCAUGAUUGCAGCUUCAUCCAUGUAUCUUGCCCGCAGACUUCUUCGCCGUGGUCCUUGGGGCGCCGAACUUGUAAAAGCUUCCGGUGGCUACGAAGAACAUACACUGAAACCCGUUGCUUUCAUUCUCCUUCAAUACCAUAACAAACCCGUCGAACACAAGGCAUUUUUUCAAAAGUAUGCUUCUAAAAAGAAUCUCAAGGCGAGCGUUUUUGUACAUCAGCUUGUCCGACAAAGAUUUUCUGUUGCUCAUAAUGCCGAUGACGAGAUUCAAUCCGACCCUUCCUCUUCCAUUAACAGUGAUGGUCAUUAACAUCGUAUAUUUCUUAAUAUCUAUAUACCUUACUACGUUGAGGCUAACUUUACUCUUCAUUGCUUCCAUUUUUUAUCCCAGUUUAAAACGAUGACUGAAUAUUUCAAACUUGUUACAACUUUUCUUAAAAAAUAAUAAAAAAAAAAAACUCAGUGAAGCACCGCUCUUCUCUUCCUUGAUUCCUUUCAAAGCGGAUUUCUUUACUGCUAAUCUCGAUUCUAAGAAUUCACUUCUCCUUUUCAAAGAUUAUAUUUAUUUUUAUACUACAUCUUUGAUAUUCUACGCAUUUUUUUAUUCAGGCAAUAGGAAUACCCGUUGUAUAUUCAACUCCAAAAUAUCAUGCUAAUUAUUAUUUGUAUUCAUUUAUAUCAGGUUUAUAACCACUUCUUACGAUUCCGUACAUAGACAUAGACAAUGUAAAUAAAUAUAGAACUUUUAUUUAGGGUACUUAAUUAUAUUUUUCUUACUAGACUAACUGAACAAUCAAAUAAAAGAGAAAUGUCGCAUAACGCA